AUGAUCAUCAGAGCACCAUGGAGAGCAAUCCUGCCAGGUGCCGACUCGCCAGCAUCAUCACAAUACAAGGGCAAGGUUGAUGCUGCGCUUGAGCGUGCCCAAGCUGCGGCUGGUUUCACAGCAUUUGGUAUGGGCCAUAAGCGUCAGGAGCACCAUCCGGUGACGAGGCAGCCGAAAAUGCUUCGGCAGGCGUUUGGGUCGCCGGACCGCGGAUAUCAGCUUGACCUGACGUUCGUUAACUGCCUCGCUAGCCCACAGCUGCAGCGGCAGGCUCGUCCAACACUGCUAAGCAUGUGGCGGCAGAAGAUGAUGGAAUCUUUGAAACUACGGAAUCGUGGUGGUGUUCGAUUGAACAGAAUUCGGCGUGGAUAUUGCACCAACGGUCGAGGAUGA